CACAGAUGGAAACCCCUCCGACUCCCUCUCCCGUCUCUUCCGUCUAUUACAAUACUCUCGUGAUGCUAAGAUGACUCCAGCGCCAAUCUCGUCGUUUAUUCGAAGCUUGGAGAGCCAUCCCGCGAGCAUUUGAGUCGCCAUUACACGUUCGCACAACAGUCAGAGACGCUAGCAAGAAGUGGGGGAAUUUGAUGGGACAAAAGAAGACAGAUAGUUUUGAGAGACACAGUUCAGUCCUUGUGGGUGCAAUUUUCAUGUGCAACCGAAGGACAAAGAAGGAAUGUCUUGGAAGAAAGCUUUUCGGUUUUCCAUAUAAUCAGGCAGAUUUUGUAAAGAAAGUAAAAGCUGGCAUGGUGCUAUUUUUAUUUGAAUAUGAGGAGAGGAAACUUCAUGGGGUGUUUGAGGCAACUUCAGAUGGUGCGCAGAAUAUUGUGCCUGCUGCAUUUUCCUCAUCAGGGAGGCUUUACCCUUCUCAGAUUCGUUUCAGAAGAACUUGGUCUUGCAAGCCACUGUCUGAAGACGAAUUCUGUCAUGCUAUUGAAGAAAACUACUAUGAGCCCUUCAAGUUCCACUUUGGUUUGACUUACAAACAGUUGAUCAUUCAGGUUUCCAAGCUGAUUUACUUGUUUUCUUUGAAGAAGACUAGUGUUCAACCUUACUGGGAAGCAACGAUACCUAACAAAAUGGAACAGCAGUUUGAGGGCACAGUUAGGGGAACUAGAUCAGUAAGGCUUAAUUCACAUGAACAACAUAAGUCUAUUUUAACAUCUGAAAAUUCGGCAGAUGAUUCCCGACAUGGGCUGUUUCAAAAGGUCCCAUACGGUGGUACCAAAUCGCUGUUUGGUUCUAUGUUUUCAGAAUCUCAAAAUGACAGCUCUCUUAAGAGUAAUUUGUCAAGUACGUUCUACGAUCAAUUUCACAAUAUCCCAAGCCAUGGAGUUGACCUCUCCUCCUCCAUUACUCAAGGCAUAGUUGGUUCAUUUUACAAGGAUCCAACUGCUUAUCCAAGGCUUUCCACCGGCACACACAUGCCUCCUAUUAGGAAUCAAUCUCCAAUACAAUCAGAUCUAAAUACCUUAAAUAUAUUGCCUGCCUCUAGCUUCCAGAGUACAUUUCUGCUUAACAGCGAAGAAGUGAAGAGAGACACAUCAUUCCCAGUUUAUGAGUCUGCUAGAAUCAGUACUCUUGACCAAGGUUACACUAGUCAUGCUACUCUCCAAGAUAACCAGGCUUACUCUCCUGACUAUUAUAUCCCUCCUGUUGUUAAAUCUGCUCCAGUAAACAAGAUUGUUGCACCAAAGGGCAUAGAAACUUUUCUGCCCUUGGUUGAGAGUUCAGGCAACAGUAACCAUCUCGCAGCUGAAAUGGAAUAUACUGUGAGAGGACAGCAACAUCAUAAUGUAGGGUCUGCCCCUGACUAUAUACCGCUCUCUUUGGAAUAUGAUGACUUCUGUGAUUCCAAGAUUGGCAUAGACUAUGAAGAAGAUCCGGCGCCUGACCUCCUAAUAAUGCAUGGAGAGAAUUACCGACAUCCUCAGCCUGUGGCCAAUUCCAGACUACAAUCAGAUUUUGAGCAAAGAAAAAGUGUGUUCACUCGUUUAUCAAGUGUGCCACGACCCACUCGUCAAAGCAACAUCAGACAUGAAUAUGAAGCAGGUCCCUCAGUGGAUCAAAUUUUGAGUAUCAUAUCUCAGAGAAGAGAACUGUGGGCUAAGACUUUUGGUACAACAGUUGAUGUGUCAAACAUAAUAAGUUGGGAUGAGGAAGAUGUACCUGAGACUACAUCAGAAAAAGAAUUAAACAAAGCUGAUUUUGAUAGUGAGUUGGAUUCAAGCAGUGAAGCAGUUGCCGAAGAAUGUAUUCAGCUUCUUUUCAGGGAUUUCAAGCGGCGGAGCAGUAAAGUUCAAAAGAUGAAGAGUGGGAGUGGGAUGCAUGAGACAACGGAGAGCAAUAAAGAUGAGGGGUCCCAAAGAAAGAGAAGACGACUGGUGCGGCCAUCCUUCAAUGAAGAGGAGCACCAAAGCAUGCAUACAGAGCAUAAGAGCGUACAGAUCUCUGCAGGAAUCAUUGAAAGUGUGCCUUUGGUUAAAGAGGAUGAGCUUAGGAAAGAUGAACAUUUUCAGACGGGAGAGGAGAACCAAAGCGUGCAUACGGAGCACAAGAGUGUACAGAUCUCUGCGGAAAUCAUUGAAACUGGCACUUUGAUUAAAGAGGAUGAGCUCACGAGAGAUGAACAUUUUCAGACUAAAGAGGAGCACCAAAGCAUGCAUACAGAGCACAAGAGUGUAGAGAUCUCUACAGAAAUCAUUGAAAGUGGCGCUUUGGUUAAAGAGGAUGAGCUCAUGAAAGAUGAACAUUUUCAGACUGAAAAUUCUUCAUCUGCUAACAUACCAGCCAACAAUUUGGAGAUUACAUCAAAAGAAUUGGAAACAUGCAAGAAUGAUGUAUCUGGUGGCAAUACAGAGAGGCUCUCGCUAGAACCCGGUGCUCAGCAUCCCACGAUCUCUGUUACUUUGUCUGUUGGAGGCACAGGAGCUGAUGCACCCAAAGUACGUAGCAGUUGGCAAUCUGUACUGCAAGGAGAAAGUGAUAUUUGUAGGGGAAGUAGUGAAAUGGAUCUAAAUGUAGCACCUACACUUGUUGCUGACGAUACCAGAAUUACUGAAUGAUCACUCCGCCGGCAAGCUCUUAGACUAUUGUUUUGUUUUGAAGGUUCUUUGCUUUAGCCUUCUACUAAUUCAUCUGCUUAUGGUAGCUGAGUAGGUUUGCAGAGUACAAUCUUCUGAAAAGACUUAGUAGCUAGAUGUGCAUAGAUCAUCCUAGUUUUUAAUUUGUUUCUUUCUUUUUCUUUUAGCUCUUUUGGAUUACACUUGGCUUUAUGGGAUGUUAGGAUGUUAUCUUAAUUCCUUCUGUUUUGGCUUUAUACACUUUGUAGCUACCUAUUAUUAUUGUAACAAGGCAAUACCGGAUCAAGCAAUCUA